AUGACCGGCGAACCAAUGACUGCCCGUGGAGCCGUUGCUGGACGUGCGCCCCAUCUACAGCCCCCACACGCCAACCAUCCCCUGCAAGCGCUACGCACGGACGACAUUGAGGUGCAGGUCCUGGAGCAAGGGAUCGAACUUUGUAGCAGUGGCGAGCGAAAGCCCAAUGUAGCUAGCGGGCCGCCAUCCGGCAGUACCGGUGGCCCAAAACCACCCACCAACUUUGGACGGGGCCGCAUGAGCCUUCAACCAUCCACCACCGGUACCACGUCGCUCGUCACAGGCACCACCGGAUUGGGCACGGGCACUAAUGGGCCGGCGCCACCACCCGGAUCGCGGAUCGCCUCGCUCAAGAACCCGGUCGGAUGGGUGUGCUGUGCGCCGUGCAUUUGGCUGAGGAGUUCAUCCGCCGUACACAAGAUGGCGAUAACGGCCGCCACGCUGCUGGUGACAUCGCUGCUCGUAGCAUCGCCGAUACUGUUUCUGAUUUCGGCAGCACCGUCCCAGCUGCCGCGCGAUUGCUUUGCGGCCGACGAGGACGACUGUCAUCCGACGCCGGCACCGCCACCGGUUUGUGCGGAUCCGAUCUGCCGUGCGGCAGCCAUCAGCAUAUCGUCCCGCAUGAACUGGGACGUUGAGCCGUGCCGUGAGUUUAAGAACUACAGCUGCUCCACGAUGGAGAGUAGCCUGCGGGCGGUUAAAAGCGCACAGGAGCUUGCCGAUACGCAGAUGCAGCAGCUGCUGUCGCUGAACACAACGAGCGGAAUAUUUCGAAAGCUGGGCCGACUCUAUGGCAGUUGCCUGCGCCAGGAACUCAACGACACGAGCAUUAGAAGGCGCCUGGAACAGCUCGGUGGCUAUCUGCACAUCGGAUCGGUGGGACCACAAAGCAUAUCGCCGUUGGUAGCGAAGAUACAAGCGAUCGGACCGCUGCCACUGAUCGGCAUCUACUACGAUCUCAGCUACGGCCGCAAACCCCAGACGCUGCUGAUCAUCGAUGGACCAAACAUGCCACCGAACAUACUGGAGAACCCCGUUCGAUGGAAUGGACCAAGGGCACCGCCCUAUGACGUGGAGGAGGUACCGGAGCUGCUAGACGAGCUAAUCAAUACAUUUCUACCGUUGGGGCUGAGCGGUGACCAGCGGCAAUCGGAACGGAACCUUAUUUUUAGCUUUAUUCGUGAACUCAAUCAGAUUCGAAGAAAUUAUGUGCAGAAAGAUUUCACCAGCAGCUAUGUCCUGAACAACGUGACUGCCCUUUUAAAUGCUCAUCCUUUCCUGGCCUGGUCCGAUCUGGUACCGAGCAACUGGACCGGUCCGAUCGUGAUUCGAAGUCCCGAGUACCUGCGGCAGCUUCGGAAGCUACUGCUGCAGUACCAAAACCGUGUGAUCCACAACUCGCUGCUGAUGCUGUUCGCGCUCAAUACGCUACCGCCCGGCCGGCCGUCACCGUUGGUUUGUACGCGCGCUACAAACUGGGCCCUGCCGGAGGUCACAUCCGCCCUGUUCGUGGCCCAGUACAGUGAGGAGGUCAUUCGGCACGCUAUACAGCGGACGGAAGAGAUGUUCGAAAACAUGAAGCAACAUCUGAAGCGAGCUCCAUCGCUACGAGGCGCAGCACUGGUGCGGUUGUCCCAGCUGAAGGUGCAGGCCAAGGUUUGGCCAACGUUGUUUAACCGGACGGAAAUCGCUUCCGUGCUGGAUGAGAUCGAAAUCAGCUCGGACAAUUGGUUCGAAAAUGUGCUGAAAAUUUACGAAAUCAACAACAAUCGGACGAAGGCGGUGAAUUUUACCGUGGACUCUUCGCAGACAGCAUACGCGUAUCCACAAAUAUCGAAAGUAUUCUACGACACCCUGUCCCACUCGAUCGUUGUACCCCUGUCGGUGAUCCUGGUGCCGUACUUUAACCCAGUGCUUCCACCGUACCUGCACUACGCCUCCCUCGGUACGACCCUCGCCAAAGAGAUUCUGCGCUCCAUAACGAAAGCGUUCGAGACGAAGAUCAUGCAGUGUGUGCCGAGCGCCGUCAGUGUCUUCUCGAACGCGAGCCGGAUGGAGCUGUUGAUCCAUUCCGGCGGGUUGCAGAUCGCGUACCAUACGCUCCUGUCCCUGUCCGGACCGAUCAAGGGCAUGAACCGGCUGCUCGGGUUGAGUAUGACGCCACCGCAAAUCUUUUUCCUUAUCUCCGCCCAGCAGCUGUGUGCCGAAUCCGACUACGGUGGGAUCGAUGUCAAUUCGAGUGAUUUCGAUGAAAUACUUGCCUGGCUGAUUUCGCAGGGCGGCAGUGCAUCCGAUGUCUUUCAGUGUCAUUCGACCACUAAGUUAAGUUACCAGAAGAAUUGCGACAUAUGGUAA